AUGCUCCGAUCCUCGAUCGCGAAGCUUCAAGACCAAGAGGCCCAAUUGGUGAAGGAAAUAGCUGAAACGAAAGCUAAUUUACGGGGUGAUCCUACUGCAACUGUCGAGCGCCAUAUUCAUCUCUUGCACGAAUACAAUGAGAUCAAGGACGUGGCUCAGGGUCUGAUGGGGAUGAUCGCGGAUACCAAGGGAGUACGAGUGGUGGAGAUUCACAAAGAGUAUGGAGUGGGUGGGAAGGAUUGA